GCACCGAACCCAUAAUAAAGCCUUACCGCCGCCUUCUUCCCCAAAAUUUCCUCCAAAGCCCUCCUCUCACUUGUCGUCUAUAAAAUAAAACCCCUCAAAGUAAAAAAACAUUCAAAAUAGUCCGAAAGAAAAGUAGAAACCUACUAGAACGCAACUCGUUUUCGUCUAAUUUGAUGGAGCUAGAGGAUAGCAUUUUAAAUUUCUCUGAUGACGACGAGAGCUUCGACGACGAAGAAGAUGUUAAAAUGAAUGAUAUUGAGGAAGGAGAAUUGGUUGACAAGAUUUCCAAGACUGGAUUAGAGGAAACUAGUGCUGGUGCAUCUGCCAGCUCCAUAAAUCCUGUUUCGGGCAAAAAAAAUCAGAGGCGCAGGAAGAACAAGAAGAAGAAGAAGAACAAACGUAAAGGAGGUUCUUCGGGUCCAAAGGUCACAGACAUUAACAGAUUUGUUUUGGAUGUCGGUAAACGCUUGAAAGAGAGGAAAUCUUAUCUCAUUUGGACUGCAGUUGGUCUUCUUGGCGUAUCUGCUUUGAGUGAUCUUGUCAAAGAGGUGGAUGCAAUUCAGACAUGUGGUGGCCAGAAGACUGCUGAUGGCAGGCGUCACCGAACAGGUGGUGGAAUAUUGUGGAGCAUCCUUAAAGUACGAGAUCCAAAUGCAUACAAAGAGAUAAUGAAGAAAGGGAAGGAGUUUGAGAAGCAGUUUAAGCAGGAGGCUAAGCUCAAGCAAGAACCGCCCCAAAAUAAAGAAGCUUCUUUUGAGAGCUCCAGUCAGACAAUGGGAGAUAAGAUUACAGCCAAUUCUUCAGAUGUUUUGCUGCAACAAGUUCCUGUUGAGCAGUCGAAUAGUGGAGCCAAACGUGCACCUGUUCAUGAAAGAAUAAGGAUGCCUGUCACAUAUGAUGAUAUAUUUGAAGGAAUUGAUGAAGGGAAGGAUUCAAAGGAUCCGUUGGCUCCUGAAAAAAGCUCAUAUGAUGUGGUGGGAUGAGGUGAUCCGCAACAUGUAUAAAGUUGAUGCUAAUUGCAAAUGACGAUCAGCUUAUAGGGAUUUGAGAAUUGAAUAUCAACUUGAUUUUUGAUAAAGCCUCAUAGUACGGGUUUUCAAGUUGAAUUUCGCUUAUGAACUUCUAGAUAGCGUGUGCAUUCUCUUCCCUUUCAUUUUGUUCAUCUUCAUCCGAGUAAAUACAUAUGUUUGCAGUGGCCAAAAGUUUUUCUAGAUCUAAUUAAAAUUCUGCAAUUUUUUCAGGAGAGAAGAGAAGAAAAUCGUAUAGCUUGCUAGCACUGAGGGUGGUUGUGUUUUUUGUCUGUAAAUUCUCUUGAAUGAAACUUGCCAAAUUAUGAAGUAUUGCCUGUUGCCCAGGACUAAAACUUAAAAAGGUUGUAAGGGUGAAAACUUUAAACCUUUUUAAUCUUUAUCCUCCAUUCUCCAUUGUUGAACGUUUGGAAACUCAUCUGCCGUUUUACAAGUUUUUUCUCAGCUGGGUUUCUCUUGAA